AUGCCUGCGCGAGGGAACUUCUGGUUGGGCCCCAGACCGUCCACCUUCUCGAGCGUCCGCUUGGACCCUGUCUUGCUAGCCCUGGACUUCGUGAACCCUGGAAGCACUUCGUCCGCAGGAACAUUGAGGACAUCCCUUAUCUCAGAUGGCUCUGAUGCCACGUACGUUACGAUCACCUCGUCGCAGAUGGAGCUGUACGCAGGAACGUACAGAGGCAUCACAGUGACUGCUUCUGGUGGCACACUGCACGGUGCCUGGGCAUCAGAAGCCAGUAUCACCACAUCCGACCGACGUCUGAAGCGCAACAUCCAGCCGCUGUAUGAGACCAUUGCCAGCAGGGCCAAAGAUCGCUUGGAUGGCGGCGCAAGCGCGGGUUUGGGACCCAAGCCGAGUGAAGGAGAGCAAGUCAAGUGGCUCUUGCGCGAGCUGCGACCAGUUUCUUUCCACCUGAAGCGGGGAGCAGAAGCAAAGUACCUGAAGUUUGGCUUCAUCGCGCAGGAGCUUGAAGAGAUCUUCCCAAAUCUGGUACGAACCAUCGGAGACGACACCAAAGCCAUCGCGAGCCAGGACCUCAUCGCGGUGCUGACCCUGGCCUUCCAGAACUUGCAGAAGGAGCACGACGAGUACAAGAGGAAGGUCCUGGAUCAGGAAUCGGAGAUGAACGACUUGAAGACGAGACUGGAGCGUCUCGAAAGUGCGCAGCUCCGACGCUGA